GCGGGCGGAGGACCUGCUCCACCCCGUAGCUCACUCGCUUCCUGACACUCGAUUUUGUGAAUCUCCGGCACCGGGUGAUGCUCAACAACAAGGGGGAUCCAGGGCGAGAAAUUGACAGAUGGAUGUUUUUAUACGAUGCUGUGGGUAAAAAGCAAUUUGCAGCUAGGAAAAAAACAACAACCAACAACAGAUAGCAGCUAUCGCGGCGAUGAUUUUUUUAGAGGCUUUCUCUCACUCACUGGCCUUCUGCCGUGGAACGCGCGAGGCUACAGCACGGUCGCUUGCUGGCUACAGCACCCAGCGUUCAACAGUGGCCGUGCGUGCGGUACUGUAGUUCUGACCGUGUUGAACGCUCACACCAAAAGGCAGCCUACCACUUAACAGCCACCCUUUGCAUUGCAGUUUGUGGCGAAAAGCCGAUAAAAGGGUCCUUGUGUUUGCCGUGCAUGCAAUUGCCACCACAGCCAAGAAUAUAAUUACAACCGGUCAACAAAGGACGCAGCCAUCCACCACAGAACGGUUUGGCUGCCUGCAGCAGUAGAGAACUGCUUGGUGGUUACAGUAGCUGGGUGACGUGCAGCAGCAGUGAUUUACAGCGACCCGGGGCGGGCUGUAGUUCGGUCGCCACUCAUGUAUUAGUGGUGGGGUAUAGGCCUUGUCUAGCGUGGUGGUGCGUGCUGAAAGGCUCCUUUUUCCAUUUUAAUUUAGCGCUGUUGGCCGAUUUUUUUUUAUUCCACCAUUUUUUUUGUUGGCGCAAACUAGUACCUGUACAUGGUUGUCAGGUUGAGUGGGCUGGCGGGUAGUGUGUGUGAGUUGUGUGUGUGGUUCCAGUGGUGUGCCCAUGUAUUUUCCUUUGGGGUGCGACAGGCGCUGCAUCCGGGGCGUUUUUUCCUUGGCUCGCUCGCUGUAUGAAAAAGCUCUGCCCCCCAUCCCACCCUCGCCGCAGCCAUCAUCCUUUCUCCCCCAAAGAGCCUCUUGCUUUUCUUUUUUUUCUCUUCUUUUUUUCCUUUCUGCUCCCAACGGCUUUGCUCCCGAUCUGAGUUCUUAGUUGAAUUCCCAGUUGGAGCCAGUGUGAUUUUAAUUCCCCCCCUUCGUCUUUUCUCUUUGUUGCCCGGCUUGGUUUGUCAGCUUCGGACGACGCGGAUCACCACAACAUCACCACCUACGCUUACACACAGUCGACGCCGGUCUCCCCCCCCCGGCAGCCCCUCGACCUGUUGCUCGCUUCGAAUCAGCCGAUCCUCUCGUCUUUGCUGGAUACACUCUCUCGAAUUGAAUUGUCCGAUUUGCUGGAAUAUUGCUCGGUCAGUCGCUUCAUAGAGUCCUUUCGCUGGUAAGUUCGGCACCACCGGCUGCGCCGCAUUGGAGCAAGCCUUUUGUCUUUGUGCUUGAAAACUUUGCACCAUUAUACACCACAUCUGAGAUUUUGCUCAAUACGUGCGCUCAACUUGAACCUGUCUCGAUUUCGCUCCCAAUUUCAUAAUUGCAACAGCUUUUCCAAGUAACCCUACGCUGCUCUGUCUCUCCUUCCCAACGCCUACCAAACAAUCCACUCUCGUUUCUGCCCAUCUCGGUAAACACAUUAGACGGUGUGAUGCUAACGACUGUUUCCCGCCAGAUUCAUAUCCCUAAUACCCCUAAUCCUCUUCUCUCUACCUACACAUCACCUAUGUAUUAAUCACACUCUCGAUAUCCCUUCGAAGCCGCGCUCGCCUCCACCCCGCCAGCGCCUACCUAGGAAAUAUACCACACAUCACACAUCGACCAGCCAAUUGGGGAUGCCUUAUACACCACCCUCACACCGGUCGCCGGCCUCCUCGGUUUCCACGUCCCCCGACGUCAGCCGCCGAGGCUCCUUUCAACAUGGAUCAACUACAUCCCUUCCUCACUCAGCAUCUUACCUGAACAAGCACAGACGGACGCCGUCCGCAAAUUCGCUAAAUGGAUCGAGCACAGACAACCUCGCGGGUGUAACCGAGAACCUAGCCAUCGCGCUAGGAGCCACAGUCCGCCAAUCGCCCCCUCCAGUAACAGAUGGCCGUGUUAUGCCUUCGGGCGCUGUGAUCUCACCCCCCGAGUCGGCAGCAUCUGGCAGCGAUGACGAGGAGCCUUCGGCAAAGUCAGCCGCUGCCAAGGAUCAAAAUAUUAAGAGCCUGCGAGUAGCUGUUAGCCAAAUCCCACAAGGCAAGUCAGGCUCGCCAGAGCACACCACCGCAUCCUCGGUAGUCCAGGAAGAUACAUCUAGACCUCUCAAGUCUGCCAUGAAGACAAGCUUCAGCACAAGCGCUCUCUCGGACUUGACAUCCCGCAGACAUACUCGCUCAUCUACGGAACCAACUGUCUCGCUCUCCGCCGAGAACUCCGCCAUGGCAUCUUCGGAAUCUGAAGAGGAUCUCAAGUACAAGCCUCACAUGGUCCGAAAGAAGUCCGGAGAAUUGGUCCGCCCGGCUCUGCGAUCUGCAAACCACCGCCGCCCGCUAAGCAUGCCUGGAACUCCCGUUUUCUCCAAGGCUGUGCACUUUGACUCGCACCUGGAACACGUCCGUCAUUUCCUGCAGGUUGAUAGACCUCUUGCCGUUAGUGCAGGCUCCUCACCAGUCGAAGCCUAUGAUAGCGAUACAGAAUAUCCUUUCCCCUCUGGCGAUAAGAAGGCUGGACAGCCCCGUGCGCCCCCAUUUGAAUGGGAGCUUGCUACCACCAACUUCCCCCGCGACAACAACCCUAUUCGCAGAUCUCUUCCCGCUCGCCUCGAGAAGGUGUGGCUCUCCAAAGAUCAAAAGUCCAUGAUGGGCUCUGUUGCUGUCGCAAAUAUUGCUUUCAACAAAACCGUUGUUUGCCGCUUUACGCUGGAUGACUGGAAAACAACGUCGGAGGUGGCGGCUGAGUAUAGCCAAGCCAUUUUGCCCAAGGAAACCGCCAAUGGCCACGACAGGUUUACAUUUACCAUCCAGCUGGCUGAUACCGCCAACCUGGAAUGCAAGACGCUCUACUUUUGCGUUCGAUAUGCUGUCAGCGGCCAGGAAUACUGGGACAACAACAACGGCUUAAACUUCCAGGUCGACUUCCAGAAGAAGCAUCUGCCCCAGAAUGGCAAGAAGAACUUCCAGGGCGCUUCAUCCAAGUCGAUCAAUAGUCUGCCCCGCAGCAACCGCCGACAGGGCCAAAACACCCUGCCUCGUCCGGUUUCAUUCCCUGCCUCCUUCAAUGACUUUGGCAACGAGUCUGCCUUUAAGCUCACCCAGCCAUUGCACGAAUAUCUUGGCGAGUCGGACUCGACCGGCUUGCGCUUGAGAACCAAGUCUUUCAACAGCUUGGCCAGUGACAACCUUGAUAAGACCUUGACAUCGCCAAGCGGCGCCGCCUUUUCUAACCGCUACGACUUUGGUGCAUCCUUGACUGCUGCCGUUCAGGCCGCCAAAGAUGUUUCUCCAACGGACAAGGACGCUCUCUAUAUGAAGGGGAACGUCCGCGGUAGCAGCCCAAGCUUGGGUCCAUCGCCCAAUUUGAUUUCCACCCACACAGUGGUAACCCCCGCUGCCAACACAACGCUAGCCAGCUCGUCAUAUGAGGAGCUAGUCAACAAAUACUGCUUUUUUGGAUCAAAGCCGACAGCACCUCCUGUCGGCCACUCGGUAGUACUGCCAACUGCCAGGCCGCCAGUAGCACCCACAACAACAACUACAAAGGUUGUUGCGGCUGAUGCGAUUGGUAUGCAAAGCCUUACAAAUGCACAGGCUCAGUCCUUGAAGCAGGUUGUUCAGGCUGCGCUUACCCAAGACGCAUCGGUUGUGGCUACGUUGGCCCGCAGCAUUUCACCACCUCAAACUAGCAGCCAGAGCUCUACCCCGCGCUCAACACGCUCUCAGUCACCAGCAUUCGGUGCCUCGGAGAGCUUCACUUGGCGUGGAGAGAGUUCUACCUCGACUGCGAUCCGGGGCUAGUGUUUCAAGCCGCACACAGGGCAAACAGCUUCCAAGGAGGAUAUCUUGACUGAUACAUCUUCCGCGGAAAUCCUACUUAGCAUGGCCUUCAUCUCCAUCCUAGGCUGUCCCCUCUACAUCGGAGCAAAGUUGUAAUUCUACCCAACUUGUGCUUUUUAUCCUUCAACUCUCUACUUUCUUUGCGAAUAUGUAAUUCGCAGGACUUUUUGUUUCGAGGCACAUUGAACUGUGCACGGCGUUUGGGAGCGUUUCUCGCUGGCGUUUAUUAUUUUUUUAUUUCGUUCAUCUUUUCACGACUAUGAUUAUUGUUUUACGAUUACGAUCGGAAUCUUGGACCGGUCAAGCUUGCAUUUGCAUUAGCGAUCGCUCGCAAGCCUGGCGGCGGGAAUGAGAUGGUCUCUUCCGUGCUGAGGGCUGGCGGUAUGGUGGUCCCCUGUUUCUUGUUUGGUUGCUUUUUAAUUUGCUGUUAUUUGGACGCAUAGUUUUUUCGCAAGAGCGCGUCGGUAUUCAAAAGAAGACAGCCGCCCUCCUCAGUGUAUAAUCAGUUGAGAAGUCGGCAGUCAGUGGAAUCGACCUACGAUUCAGUAGCUUUUUAUGACGAUUGGAAUAUAUGAUGAUUACUCCUAUUCUAUUCUAUUAAAUUUCAAUUCCGUGAUCCUUUGUCUCCUCCUUCUUCUUCUUCCUCAAGUAGUAGUAUUUUGUUGUCGUAGUCGCAUCUAUGCACGACAUGGGCCCCAUGCACGUUGCUUGUUGUCCGAUCUUCCCCACGAACCUUGCCUGCAUGGCGGGGUGCAUGAUGGGCUUUUUCGACGCCAUCCGAAAAAGCAAUACAAAAAGACGGUCUAGAACACAACAGCCUCGAUGUGACAGAAAAUCAGGGUCCAAAAAAAACGCCGGCGCAGCGUGUCGUUCGCAGGAACCAAACGUCACAUGAGGGGCUUCUUACCAGCGGACAAGAGCGCUGAAGGCAACGCCACCGAUUUGACCGCUCUUUGACAACCAAGACAAGAAAGGGAAAAAAGGGAAUGAUAUCUUUCGUCUAGUGUUUCUAGUUUCCCUUUGUACUGGUACUUUCUUUCCCCGGAUCUGCCGCACGCCACAACGCAUGUUCAUUCCAUCUAUCGAACAAUGUAGACGCCUCCCACGCCCAUACUGGCUUCUUGGACCAGCGCGCUCUGGCUACGCACGCCGGCCCAAUGUAAUGGCACUCUGUCUGCUGUCUCAGCGACGCGGUCGGUGAAUGUCCGGGCUCGCUUGGCCUCUUUGAUCUUGGAGAGCGCGGCGGAUGCCGACCACGCGGGCAGUGCGAGAGUAGUGAGUGUGGCGGAUACGUCUUGCGCGUGCUGAGCGGCCAAGUCAGUCGGUUCGCCAGAGUAGCUGCUUGCUCGUAUGCAUCCCAUGAGUGCGAUGCGGAUCUUGGUCCCCACGAGGCUGAUGCCGUCGAGGUCCCGAAGGAUGUGGGUGGCGGCGUAGUUGUUAGACACGACGCCUGUACGGGAAGUCGUCGUGGGUAGCAUGCUCACCACACCUUCGACCCAUUCGUCUGGGUCGAUACUUAUCCAAGCUGCGUAGACUCCGUCCAAUUGAGCUAUGUGCGCCGGGAUAGCGUGUACGUUGGCGGUUGGGUAGCCCGCGCCGUUGAGCGUCUGGCCUGUACCGAGCUGGACCUGUCCUGAAAAGUAGAUUGGAUACGGUCCCUCUGGGCCUUCGGGAGACCCAAUGAUGAGGAGUCUGUCUGCCAGCAUGUUUUCUCCUAGAAGUCGCUCGUAGCGCGCGCGGCGGCUUUCCGUGAGGACUUCGCCGGCGCUUCCAAAGGCCAUCUUGCUCACGAGCUUGCCUUUGUUUCCCAUGGCCUUGCCCACGACGAGCCCUGCCACGCCGGUGUACUUGCGGAUCGUCUGCUGUCCAAUUGUGCUUGCGACUUUGACCCCCAUUUCCAAUGGCGCCGUGGUGAUGCUGGCGCCGCGCAGCGAGGACAUGUCGGACGAGGUGCUGGCGAGACGGAACACGGGGCUGCCGCAGAGGACUUUGGUAUCGUGACAGAGAACGAGGCGGAAAUAACCGUCCUGACAAGAGGACGGGAUGCGGAGGAUAUGUGUCUCGCGCGAAUGGUGGUUGCUGACCUUGGCCAGGACGCGGCGUAUAUCUCGCUGGUAGGCCCUCUCAUCAGCAGCAUCAAUGUUCGAUGCGGCGGUUUCUCGGACCGGCGUCACGUCUAUCCAGGACGACUUGUUGCCUACCAUGGCUUUGAGAGCCAUACCCAUGUUUCCAGAAUGUCCUCGUUGCUGCAGCCAUAGUGUCCGCCCUGGAGGUACCGGUGUUGAUGAGAAGAUGGUGAUGGCGAUGGAAGUAGUUGGGCCGCGGUACCAGAUGACGGCGCUGGAGUGGCGAACAAUGCUAAAGUGUUUGGAGGUUACAUAGGGCUUUGUGAUGAGGCCUGAUGCAAAGUAUUGUGCAUCAUCCAGGGCUUUGCGAAAUGGCGAUGCCUCGCGUGAGGCAGACCCAGACGCGGUCGUGGGCCGGGGCGGCAGCGGCGGUAUGUCUAGCGCCGACGAGCUACGUGCGCGACGAAGCUCAGGUUGUUCGCGGUGAUUAUUUGGUGAUAGAUGAUUCUGUGAUUGUUGAUAUGGUGGAGGAGGUACGGUCUCUGUGACGAAGCCCGGUAGCGGCGGAGGGGGUGACGGCGGGCGAUCUUGCCGCAGCGUCGCGCUGGAUUUGGCUUUGCGAAGAAGAGGUCUCAUUCUGUCUUCAUCAUAUCUAAUGCUAUUGGUAAUAUGAUAGACUUGUUAUUUCCAGUAUGCGAGAGUCUGACGUUGACG